AUGAUAGAUCCAGAAUUUGAAACAGUAAAUAUUUUAUUAACACAGAGUCCAUGUGGAAAACUUCACGCUGACAGAAUUACAGACGUUGAAGCACUCACAGGAUAUAAAGUUUGCCCCUUUUGCAAAGAAGAAGUAUAUUCUAUCCGUGAUGAUCCAGAAAGGAAAAACCAAAGAAGAUUUUUAAAACAUUGUGAGAAAUGUAAAGAAAAUAAUGGAAGAUUAAUUCAAGACGUUCAAUUGCAAAACACACAACAACCAUAUGCACCACAUAUCACGAAACAGAAGAUAUAUCAAUGGCUAUUAGCACAUAAUUUGCAGGAAUAUUAUAAACCAACAAGAUAUUAUAUUACUUUUGACUUCGAAACAUUAGAGACUAAAGAAGAACUUCAACUUUCUGAAUGUGCAACUUUGAACGCUUACUUAAAACCAUUUAUGGUAUCAUCAACUGUCAAAAUAAAGCCGCAAAGCGGCGAGGACGUAGACCGUGAUAAAACAUUUACGAGGAAUUUUUGCUUAACAUCAAGUGAUUCGUUCAUCUCUGAUUGGAUUGAAUUUUUAUUUUCAACCUGUUCAUUAGUUGCUAAAUCAAAUAUUGAACAAUAUGAAGAAUUAAUGAAUACAUUAAAUGAGAAACAAAAGGAAGCAAUGAAAGAGCUUUUAGAUGAAGAAUUUAAUAAAGUGAAUAUCAUUGGUUUUAAUUCGGGAAAGUUUGAUUUAAAUUUAAUUCUUCGUGAUUUAAAUACUGCAAAAUGGAAGAUAAAAUCAAUGCUGGGUUCUUCUUCUCAAUUUAAGCAAGUCAUAGUAAAGAAAACAAACUGUCCAUAUGAAUUAAGAUUUAUUGACAUCAGAAAUUAUAUAGCGGGUGGAACAUUAGACCAAUUCACUCAAGAUUUCGGAAACAAUAAAUCACGUGUUAAAUCCUUUUUCCCUUAUCAAUUCAUCACAUGGGAGAAUUACGAAGAUGAAUUAUAUAAAA